UGAUAUGUAGAAGUGGCCAUCGGUCCAAUAAUCCUCUGCAAAUUUUUGCCCCCAUUCGGAAUAAACCCUAGCCUCUCUGAAGCACCGAAGUAGCCCUCAUUCCAUUCGGGAGCAGAGAGAAGGAGGAGAAGAUCAAUGGCGACGAGCACUCCGAAUCUGGAGUGCAGGAUGUACGAGGCGAGGUACCCGGAGGUUGACCAGGCGGUGAUGAUCCAGGUGAAGGACAUAGCGGAUAUGGGCGCCUACGUCUCUCUCCUCGAGUACAACAACAUAGAGGGAAUGAUCCUCUUCUCCGAGCUUUCUCGCCGCCGGAUUCGAAGCGUCAGCAGCCUUAUCAGGGUGGGCCGCCAGGAGCCCGUCAUGGUCCUCAGGGUCGACAAGGAGAAGGGCUACAUUGAUCUCAGCAAGAGGAGAGUCUCGGAGGAGGACAUCCAGGCCUGCGAAGAGCGGUACAACAAGAGCAAGCUCGUCCACUCGAUCAUGCGGCACGUCGCCGAGACGAUGCAAAUGGAUUUGGAGGAUCUUUACAUUCAUGUUGGGUGGCCAUUGUACAGAAAAUAUGGGCAUGCUUUUGAGGCAUUCAAGUUGAUAGUGACCGACCCUGAUUCAAUUUUAGAUUCCCUUACUAGGGAAGUUAAAGAAAUAGGACCUGAUGGGCAGGAAUUGACAAAAACAAUUCCAGCAUUAUCAGAAGAUGUCAAAGAUGCUUUGGUUAAGAAUAUCAGGAGGAGGAUGACUCCUCAGCCUCUCAAGAUUUCUGCUGAUGUUGAGAUGAAGUGCUUUCAAUUUGAUGGUGUCCUCCAUAUUAAGGAAGCCAUGAGAAAAGCUGAAGCAGCUGGCAAUGCUGACUGCCCAGUAAAAAUCAAGCUGGUUGCACCACCUCUUUAUGUUCUCACUACACAGACCCUUAACAAGGAGCAAGGUAUAUCAGUCUUAAAUGCAGCAAUCAAAGCUUGCACAGAAGCAAUUGAAAGCAAGAAAGGAAAACUUGGUGUGAAGGAAGCCCCUAGAGCUGUGAGUGAACAUGAGGAUAAGCGGCAUCUGGAGCAAUUCACGAAGUUGGCUUUGGAUAAUGAAGAGGUCGAUGGAGAUGAUGAAGACGAGGAAGAUACAGGAAUGGGAGAGAUUGACGUUGAAAAUGCAAAUGUAGGGAUUACAGAGUGAAAAUUGGGUUGAUAGCCAAUUCAUUGUUUUUGGAAUCGUUUGUAUAAAACCCGUGUUCUUGUUGGGAUUUUUUCUGUUCUUUGUGCCUUUUCUUGCAGUGCCUUGGAAUGGCAACUUGUGAGCACAAGCAUGUAAUCGGAUGGCGCUAGUCUUCUCUGCUUUAUUUAGUUAUACAAUUUUGUUGCCGCUUUUUUCC